AUGGGGAAUGAUUCUGCUGUGCAAGCGCUGGGUUUGCUGGUGCAGAAACACAAGCCGGAUUUUAUUUUUCUCAGCGAGACGAAGGUCUCAGAUGUGGAUUACAUGGCAAAUCUUAGGCUGCGCAUUGGAUACCUGAACUGUGAGGCGGUAUUCAGUGAGGGGCAGUCAGGGGGUCUGGCACUAUUCUGGCGAGACGGUCUUGACGUCCGUUUUCGGUUGAAAUCACGGAAUCACAUUGAUGUUGAAGUUAGGGCUACUGAUGGCUCUUUUGUGCACUGGAGGUUGACUGGAUUCUACGGUCACCCUAAGACUUCUGAACGACAUCGGACCUGGUCUCUACUUCGGGACUUGGGGGAUGAAUCAUCGCUGCCGUGGGUUGUAGUAGGGGAUUUUAAUGAACUGUUGAAUGCAGCAGAGAAGCAAGGAGGUGAGUUGCGUAGGGAGAGUCAGAUGCAAUUGUUUCGGGAUGCACUGUCUCAUUGUGACCUAGCUGAUCUAGGUUUUUCUGGUGCACCGUUUACCUGGCAGGGUGGGGAUGUAUGGUGUCGUAUAGACAGGGCAGUAGCUUCGUCCUCUUGGGUGGAUGUUUUUGCAGCAUCUAGGGUGUCAAACUUGGCGCCUAUUCAUGGGGACCAUGUGCCUGUUUUGCUGAGUGCUUGUCAAAUGGUUGUUAUGCCCAGUAAACAUCUACAACAGUUCCGGUUUGAGAGUUUUUGGAUCCAGCAUGCUGGUUGUAGGCCGGCUGUGGAAGAGGCGAACCACGUUCGGGACCAGGAAAAGAGAGAUAGGUUUGUUGAGGCUAGGGAACGUUUGCAAGAACUACUGAACUCUCCACAGUCUGAUCAAUCUCACCAGGAAGGGUUGGUUUUGUCUUCUAAAUUGGACACUCUAUUGUCUGACGAGCAUAACUAUUGGAAGCAAAGAGCUAAGACGUCUAAGGCAGGUAUGGAGGCUGUGAUCUUGGAUUACUUUUCAACUAUGUUCACAUCUCAAGCGGUGGAUUCUGAACAGAUGCAAGAUGUUGUGGGAUUAUUACAGCCUAAGGUCACUAGUGAUAUGAAUGAAGAGCUGUGUGCUCCCUACUCUGCGGAGGAGAUUAAAAUUGCUCUUUUUCAGAUGUAUCCGACCAAGGCUCCAGGUCCGGAUGUGAUGCCUCCCCUCUUUUUCCAGCAAUACUGGGAUGUUAUUGGGACUGAUGUUGUUACAGCUGUUCAAGACUUUCUUCAUUCUGGAAGGUUGUUGGGGGCCAUUAACUAUACUCAUGUUGUGGCUAACCGGUUGAAGAAGAUUCUAGAUUUAUUGAUCUCUCCAGCGCAAAGUGCGUUCAUUCCGGGUCGAUUGAUUACUGAUAACACAUUGAUUGCUAACGAGGUUUCCCAUUUCAUCCAUAAUUGGAAGUCUAGUACGGAGGGUGUUAUGUCUCUGAAGUUAGAUAUGAGCAAAGCAUAUGAUAGGAUGGAGUGGAGUUUUCUAGAGGCAGUAUUGGUACGACUUGGGUUUGAUGACAGUUGGGGUAUUCAAGUGUGUCCUGGAGCACCAACUGUUCACCAUUUGCUUUUUGCUGAUGACAGUCUGUUGUUCGCUUCGGGUCAACAGGUUAAUUUUUCUAAGAGUAGUGUGGUUUUUAGCAAGCGAGUCGAUUCCAACUUGCAGAUUCAGUUGGCGGAUUUUUUGGGUGUUAAGAUUGUGCCCAAGCAUGAAGAGUAUCUGGGCCUCCCAACCUUUUUGGGGCGGAAUAAAACUGAGCCGUUUGCUUUUAUUAGAGAACGGCUUAGCAAGAAAUUAGAAGGUUGGCAAGGCAAGCUACUAAGCAGUGCCGGUAAGGAUUUGUUGAUUAGAGUAGUGGCCCAGUCUUUACCAACUUACUCUAUGAACUGUUUUCUUUUGCCACAAAGUUUCUGUGAUUCUCUACAUCAAUUGUGUGCAAGGUUUUGGUGGGGCAGUAAAGCUGAGAAUAAGAAGAUUCAUUGGUUUUCUUGGUCUAAACUUUGUCAGCCUAAGGAGCUUGGGGGGAUGGGGUUUAGAGAUCUUCAUGCUCAUAAUUUGGCUCUUCUAGCUAAGCAGGGAUGGCGGUUGGCUUGCAAUCCCACUUCUCUUCUUGCACGUUUGUAUAGUGCUCUGUACUUCCCUAAUGGGGUUAUAUGGAGUAGUUACUUGACUUCCUCUCCUUCUUCUUGCUGGCGAGGGAUUUUUUCUGCUUUGAGUUUGCUUAAAAAGGGUGUACGGUUGCAAGUUGGUGAUGGUGCAGAUAUUCGAGUAUGGGAUGACCCGUAG